AUGAAGCUCAAGACUUUAUUCUUACCAAUCUUCUGCUCUUUUCUCAUAACCUUAGAUUCUGUUUCUGCACAAAACUGCUACAAUGGAUUCCUUAAACCAAACUCUACUUACGACUUAAACCGUCGUCGAGUCCUCUCUUCUCUUGCUUCUGAUGUCACAUCUCACAACGGUUUCUUCAACUCCUCGAUAGGUCAAGAUCCCGACAGAGUCUUCGUCAUUGCCAUGUGUAUCCCAGGAGCCGAACCAGAGAACUGUUCAGACUGCAUCAGAAGCACUUCAGACGGCUUAUUACGGGGCUGCCCUAACGGAACAGGAGCUUAUGCAUGGCCAGAUGUUUGUAUGGUUCGUUAUUCCAACAUUCCAUUCUCUGGAUCACUCCUUAUGGAACCGUCUGCUACGAUUCCAUUCCACAAAGAUAUUGUAGAUACAUACGCUAAUAUGACAGUGAUUGAUAGAGUAUACGAAGAGUUAAUGAUCCGUACAAUAGCUGCUGCUUCAUCACCAUCAUCAUCAUUUGGACAAAAGAACUUUGCAGCUGAGGUUGCUUCGCUGACACGUUUCCAAAAUAUGUACGCGAUGAUGCAAUGUACACCUGAUGUUUCUUCUGGGAGUUGUGAGUUUUGUCUCAGGAGAUGCGUUGGUGAUUAUCUGUCGUGUUGCCGUGGUAAACGAGGUGGUGCGGUUGUAAGACCGAGUUGCUUUUUCCGGUGGGAUUUGUAUCCUUUUGUUGGAGCUUUUGACAAUGUUACACUUCCACCACCGCCUCUACCACCUCAGCCGCCGGUAAGCGACCGUGCAAAUAAAACCGGGAAAGACGGGAAAUCAAUUUCGAAAGGGACUGUUGUGGCAAUUGUUGUCCCAACCGUUGUUGUUUUGGCGCUGCUUGUUGUAGGAUUUAGGGUUUUCAGGAGAAAGAAAUCAUACAAAACGAUUGAGAUUCAAGCUGGUGAUGAAAUCACAAUAACACGAUCAAGGCAAUUCAGUUUCAUGACGAUUGAAGCUGCAACGGAUAAGUUCUCGGACAGUAACAUGAUCGGGCGAGGUGGAUUUGGUGUAGUUUACAAGGGAAGGCUUUUAUGUGGAACUGAAGUAGCGGUGAAGAGACUGUCGAAAACAUCGGAACAAGGCGCGGAAGAGUUCAAGAACGAGGCUGUUCUUGUGACAAAGCUUCAACAUAGGAAUCUUGUUAGGGUUCUUGGCUUUUGUUUGGAAGGAGAAGAAAAGAUACUCGUCUACGAGUUUGUACCUAACAAGAGCCUCGACUAUUUCCUGUUUGACCCUGCGAAACAAGGUGAGCUAGACUGGACAAGACGGUACAACAUUAUGGGAGGAAUAGCUCGAGGACUUCUAUAUCUGCAUCAAGAUUCACGGCUUACAAUCAUACACCGUGAUCUUAAAGCUAGUAACAUCCUCUUAGAUGUAGACAUGAAACCCAAGAUAGCAGAUUUUGGAAUGGCAAGGAUUUUCGGAGUUGAUCAGUCUCAAGCCAACACAAGAAGAAUCGUUGGAACAUACUUCGGAGUCUUGGUUCUUGAGAUCAUAAGUGGAAAAAUGAAUAGUAGCUUCUAUCAAACAAAUGGAUCAGCUGGCAAUUUAGUCACACAUGCAUGGAGACUAUGGAGAAAAGGCUCUGCUUUAGAACUUUUAGAUCCAACUUUUGGGGAAAACUAUCAGACCGAUGAAGCUACAAGAUGCAUUCAUAUCGCACUUUUAUGUGUUCAAGAAGAUCCUGAAGAUCGUCCUACGAUGUCUACAAUCAUCUUGCUGCUCACUAGUAGCACAAUCACACUACAAGUGCCUCGUGCACCUGGAUUUUUCUUCCAAAGUAGCCGUGACCAAGAUUUAGAAGCUUCGGGCUCGCAUUCGUUUGGCAAACCGGUUCCUUGCUCUAUUGAUGAUGGAUCGAUCACAAAGUUACAUCCCCGUGGUUACAUGUCUCCAGAAUAUGCAAUGCGAGGUCAUUUCUCCAUGAAAUCUGAUGUAUAUAGCUUUGGAGUAAUGAUUCUUGAGAUUAUAAGUGGCAAAAAGAAUAGCAGCUUCUUCAACAUGGAUGAUUCUUCUAGCAAGUUGGUCACACAUGCUUGGAGGCUUUGGAGAAAUGGGUCACGAUUAGAACUUGUGGAUCCUACAAUAGGAGAGAGUUAUCAAAACAGUGAGGCUAAUAGAUUGCAUGCAUGCAUACAUAUCGCACUUUUAUGUGUUCAGCAAAAUCCUGUAGACCGUCCAUUGUUGCCAGCGAUCAUCCUGAUGCUCACUAGUAGUAGCACAACCACCUUACACGUGCCUCGAGCGCCCGGAUUUUACUUCCAGAGCAGGCGUGAUGAACUAGACCCUGAUGGCUUAAGCUCAACCCAAUCCACAAGCAGGUCUAUUCCUGGUGAUUUAGUUCCUCGUUGA